UACGCCCACCCCGGACCCGCCAGCGUCCACGCGGGCCGAGCGCGAGGCGCGCGCCCUUUGGGAGGCGCACCGGGAGCAUCCCAGGGCUUUGGAGAGCGUCUCCUGCUUAGACGGCCCCACCCUUUCUCUGGGAACUAGAAAGCAGCCGGAGCAACAAGCAGCUGGAGCCUCCCAGUCGUUCUCCCGUCUCCUGCUCCUUCCCCACCCCACCUUGGCCAACACCUUUUUUGGAAAAGAAGCAUUUCCUGGGAGCCGCUCUCCAAGACGCCCCGCCACCGACAGCUGCCAAAAGGAGCUGCUCUCUGAAGCCCCGCGCCGGGUCCCUGCGUCCCGGCUUGCAACUCUUCUGAUCCCCAGCCUCCCUAUGAAUUAAUAAAUAACCCGCCUCUGGGGAAGGAGGGCAAGCUGCGGAGCCCUCGCUCUGUGCAGGGCUAGGUGGGCUUCCGGGCGAGCUCCCCUCAAAGAAAGGGCUCAGACCUGCGGGAGUCUCGGUUCGCCAGUGACCGCAGAGAAGGGAAGUCUCCUUUAAAAAAAAAAAAAAAAAAAAAAAAAGCCCUCAGCUCCGCCCAGCCCAGCACGGCGAGGGUAGAAAAAGCCGGGGGCUGCCCAACGGGGCCGCUCUGCCCGGGCAGCUCCAGCGCCCACAAUCCUGCCCUGCCCUCCAGCCGCGCCCCUUCAGGUCCAGGGGAUGCCCUUGUGCUCGGCGGCGUACCUAGACGCUUGGCCGAGCCCGUGACCCGCGGGCCGCGAAGCCAGCCCCGAGAGGGGUCGGGCGGCCGGGCGCCCGGAACUUUGGCAUCUGACGCCUAACUUCGAGGCAGACUGUACUUAAUUAAACACUCGGAGUCCAAACUCGCCAGUAGGGGAGAGAAGGGAGCUGGGUGCUGGGGAGACUGUCCAGUGCUUUUUAACUCGGAAAAGCACUCUCCCUCCCCCGCCCCCCCCCCCGGGGGGAAGCUUCUUUUCAAGCUUUUUUUCCUUCGGCAGGACGGAAGUGGGACAACCUGUCAGGACGUCUAAUCCUAAGGCGUCUGGAGGUUCCCCAGCCAUCUCCGCCCCGUUUCAACACCUCCCCGUAACGACAACCUUUUGGUUUUGGGGGGGGCGUAAGCUCAGUGGGUUGGCGUGCUGGGUGCCGAAAGGCUGAAAAUAAACUCGGGAGCUCUUUGGCGUAGAAAGUUUAGUUUUCUCUGCUCACCCCCCUCACACUCCUUCCCCACUGCCGCCACCUCCACCCUCCUGCUGCCGCUGCCGCGCCGGGAAGAAAAAGGGGGAGGGGGCUGGCGGCGGGGGGAGGGGGCGCCGGCGGAGGCGGAGGAGAGCAAGGGAUGCCAGGAGCUUCCCGGUCCGCCUCGGGCGCUCGCUCCGAGCUCAGACCUGGGCUGCCUGAGUAGCCGGCGCCACAGCUGACCUCGCGCUCCUCCGGCCCGCCGCUGCGCUGAAGACACUGGAGGAGGAAGAGGAGGAAGAGGAGGAGGAGGAGGCAGAAGAGGAGAGGCGGGGGGCGCAGCAGCCGAAGGAGCCGGGAGUUCGCAUGGCCGCUCCCAGUUGGCGGUGUCCGUGGUGCUGAUCGAGCUGCUGGGGAGAGCCCGCUUCGGGCGGCUGGGAGCGGUCGCGGUCCCGGGAGGGAUCGCCCUCCCCAGCGCUACCGAGCCAGAACCGGGGCCGGGAGGAGGAGCGGGAGGCGGCGGCGGCUGCCACCGUGGGCGAUGUGGCCGGCUGGGGCGGGCAGCAAGCUGCCCUGUGCCCGAGACUCGGCUCUCCGGCGGGCGGCUUUCUCCGGGAACCUCACGGCUCUGCCUUCCCACCUAGUGCCGGCUGGCAGGAGCGUCCGGGUUUUCAUCAGCGCCAAUCCUGAAGAUACUGGAGCAGAACGACAAGCUCUAAGAGAAAAUGUGUAUCCUAAACUGAGGGAAUUCUGCAGAGAAAACUAUGGAUUAGAAUUUCAGGUCAUAGAUUUAUACUGGGGCCUAGAUGAAGAUGAAUGGGACAGUCCUGAACUCCAAAAGACUCGUAUGAAGCUUUUAGAAGAUUGCUUGAAAACAUCUGCAGGUCCAUGUUUUGUUGGACUGUUAGGUGAAAAGUAUGGAAACAUCCGACUCCCUGGGGAAGUUGAAGCAUCCGAAUUUGAGAUGAUUUUGGACGCUGCCAUAGAAGCAAAGCUGGAAACCAAGGUGCUUGAGGAAUGGUAUUGUCGAGAUGAGAACUCGGUCCCAGCAGCAUAUUACCUCAGACCCAAACAUGAAAUGCUGAAGAGCAAUAAGAACUCAAUGCAGCCUUCUGCCAAUGCUGAAAGUGAAAAAAAAUGGCAAGAGAUAUCAGAGGAGAUAAAGAUGAUUUUUAAGACAGCUGUGAAAUUGCUACAUGAAAAGGGGAAAAUGAAACACAGCCAAGCCAAGAGAUAUCUCUUUUCAGCCAUUGAAGAUGAGUUUGACUUUGCUUUGGGAAAACAAACACCAGCAUUCCUAAAGAAAUGUGUUUGCUACAUUAGAAAAAUUGCAAACAUUGAGCGUUUUGUGAAAAUUCCAGCAAUGGGUAAAUACAUGGACAUAACUGGGACAGAACCAAGGAUUAUCCGAGACCCAGAAGCCCACGAGAAACUGAUAAAACUCAGGGAUGAAUUUAUUCCUACCAUUGUUGCAUCAUCUAAUCUGAGAGUCUACACUUCCAUUACACAUUGUGACAUGAAACUAGGUUAUUCCCAAGAAGUAGAGAACCAUUAUAUAGAAGGACUUGGUAAACAGUUUUAUGAGGACAUGAUUGACAUCAUUCAGGCAACCGUACAGCAGAAUUUUGACACAGAAACUGAUACACUGUAUGACGAAAUUCUUCAGCACUCAUCACUAUGUAAAACAUAUGCCUCCUUCUACGAGUACAAAUGUGAAUCUCUAAAUAUAGUGCAUAAAUACCUUCUUCCCAGCAAAGCAGGGCACAUUAACCCUCUCAUCACCUAUGGAGGACCUUGCACUGGAAAAACUCUUCUGUUAGCUGAAGUAGCCAAGAAGGCUUACGGUUGGCUACACGAAGAAAUGGGCCCCGAAUCUGACCCAGUGGUAAUUGUAAGGUUUCUGGGAACCACAGACUUGAGCACCGAUCUUAAGAAUCUACUUCUAAGCAUCUGUGAACAACUGGCAAUUAACUACCGGUGUCUGAUGCAAAGCUAUCCCAAGAAGAUCCACGAUCUUCGCGACUUGUUUAUAAACCUUCUGAAUGAGUCUUCGUUUCAGAGGCCCUUGGUCAUAAUAUUCGAUGCUCUAGAACAGCUCUCUGAAAUGGAUGACGCCAGAAAACUUUGGUGGCUCCCCGUUCACCUCCCCCGUUUUGUACGAAUAGUACUCUCCACGCUGCCCAACAAACACGGGAUCCUGCAGAAACUGAGGUGCCUUAUCCACGAGGAAGACAACUACAUCGAGCUGGUGCCCAGGGACAGAAAGAUGUGCAGUCAGGUGCUCAAACACCAGCUGCUGCGCGUCAAAAGGAAGGUGACGUCGGGGCAGCAGAUCUACGUCAACGAAGCCCUCUCCAAGUGCACGCUGCCCAUGUUUGUGAACUUGACCUUCAGGGAGGUGAGGACCUGGCGGUCCCACAAAGACGUGGACGAAUCCUCGCUCUGCGUCACGGUCCACGACAGCAUCGAGCAGCUGUUUUGGGCCCUGGAGAAGAAAUGCGGGCAGAAACUAGUGUCGCGCGCUCUGGGGUACAUCACCAUGGCCAAGAUGGGCCUGAGCGAGAUGGAACUGGAGGACGUUCUGGCGCUGGACAACAGCGUCAUGAACGAGCUCAAUGAGAACGUGCGACCAAGUAACCCCCUGCGGGUGCCUUACGUGUACGUGGCGAGGCUCAAGGAGGGCCUGAGCGGGUACCUGAUAGAACGGCACGUGAAAAACGUCACCCUUUUGGUGUGGGCCAACAGGCACCUCCAGCUGAUCGCCCAGAAGCUUUACCUCCAGAACGACGGCGACGUGCGAGAAAUGCACACGAUCCUGGCCGAUUACUUCCUGGGGGUCUGGUCCGGGGGCCGGAGGAAAGCUUUCUGCCUGGAGGACCCGUAUUUGAACGGCUGCCUCGAUCUAGAAAGCAGAAGUCUGCUGGACGAAGAGAAGCACUUCCUGGAGCAGGCGUCCUUCGACAGGCAGGCCCCCGAUCAGCCGUGGGUGUUUCAGUGCAAUCCGCUGGAGCCCGACAUCUUUUUUGUCAAUCACCGCAAGAUGUCGGAGCUCUUGCACCACUUGACGAGGUGCGGGAAAACGGACGACCUGCUCUACGGAGUCAUCAUGAACUUCAGCUGGCUGUACACCAUGGUGAAGAUCGGCCAGUUCGACAAGGCCCUGGCGGACAUCGAGGUGGCUUACAACUACUCCCAGGAGAAGGAACUGAAGUUUCUAGCCAGCACCCUCCGGGGCAUCAAGAGCAAGAUCGUCACGUUCCCCGGCUCCCUCUCGGCCGAGCUCCAGCAGCGGCUGCUCCCGGUGGUCAGCUCGCUCCCCAAGCUGAGGCACCUCCUUCUGGAGUGCGACAAGGACGGCCCGAAGUACUGCUCCAUCGUGCCCCUGCACUCCUCCAUGGACGUGACUUACAGCCCCGAAAGGCUGCCCCUGUCCUCCAGCCACCUCCACGUCACCGAGAUCCUGCCCACGUGUAACCCGAGCACCGUGCUCACGGCUCUGGAGAACGGCUCCAUUAGCACGUGGGACGUGGAGAGCCGGCAGCUCCUCAGGCAGAUCACCACCGCCCAGUCCGUCAUUCUGGGCAUGAAGCUCACCACCGACGAAAAGUACCUGGUGGUGGCCACCACCAACAACACCUUGCUGAUUUACGACAACAUCAACUCCUGCCUGCUGUCCGAGGUGGAGAUCAAGGGAGUCAAACACGGCAGCGGCUCGAAUUUCAUCAACGGGUUCACCCUGUCCGUUACCCACGCCCUGGCCUGGUUGGAGGCCAGCAAAGACGUCACCGUCAUCGACCUGCUCUACGGCUGGCCCCUUUACCAGUUCCACUGCUGGUACGAAGUCACGUGCGUGCAGUGCUCCCUGGACGGCGUGUACGCUUUCUGCGGCCAGUCCCUCAACACCACCACCAUCUUUCACUUGGGCAGCGGAGAGAAGCUCUCCACGGUGACGUCCGAAUUCUCGGGUGGCUUUGUCAAGUUUCUGCUGAUCUUAGACACGGCGCAGGAGAUGGUCAUGGUGGACAGCGAGGGCAGCCUUUCGGUUUGGAACACCGAGGAGAUCACCAAUCCCCAGCUGACGGACGACUUCGACUGCCGAAGGGAAGACAGCGAGGUGGUCAGCAUCGAGCUUUCCGAGGACCAGAGCGCCAUUCUUAUCUGCAAAGCCCUCGGCUUAGAGCUCCUGGACACCACCCUGUGGAAGGUGACGGAGAAGUUCCGAGCCAAACACAACGAGCGCUUCGUCUCGGCCGUGCUGUCCAAAAACGGCGACUGCAUCAUCGCCACCAUGGAAAAUACCUCGGCUGUGUUCUUCUGGAGGAGGGACACUGGCCAGUGCAUGGCAAGCUUGCAGGAGAUCUCGGGAACCAUAGUCAAGCUGGUCAAGUCCAAUCACCACAACAUGCUGCUGUCUCUAUCGACCAGCGGCGUCCUCUCCAUCUGGGACAUCGACAUCAUCACGGCCAUGUCCAACAUAGACAAGACCGGGAAACCCAUCCAGAGACUGGUGUUACCCGCCAGGGGCGAGAUCAUUUAUUCCCUGGACGGCUCCGAAUCGGUCCACAAGUGGAACUUUAGCAACGGCUUCAUUGAGGCAGAAUUCAAGCACGAAGGCAUCGUGGAGCACUGCGUGCUCACGUCCUCUGGGGACGUGAUGGUGACUUCCGACGACAAAUGCAGCCAGUACGUGUGGCACACCAACAGCGGCGAAAACCUCUUUCGGAUCAAUGGGCAGAGGAUCUCGCAGCUGCUGAUUACGCACAACGACCAGUUCGUGGUUUCGCUCUGUGAGGAGAACGCCUCCCGGGUGUGGCGCCUGGCCACGGGCCACAGGGUCUGCAACAUCCUCACUCCCUUGCAGAACGCUUUCAUCACCUCCGCCAAUACCUUUGUGGUCGGGAUCACCAAAAACAAGGUCCUGGCGGUCAGCCUGUGGACCGGAAGCAUCACCAAGAAGUUCUGCUGCGAGGACGGGACCAUGAUCGUCAACUUCAAGCUGAUCCCCGACUGCCCCGACAUCAUCGUGUUCAUUACGUCCACGGAAACGGUGAACAUCUGGAGCCUGACGGACGAGGUCAUCUGCCGCCGCGUGCAGCUUCCCAACAAUUUCCUCAAAAACCUGGAGGACUUCGAGAUCUCGCCCAACGGGAAACUAGGCAUCCUCUCCCGGGGAGACGAGAACAUCAACGUGCUCGAUCUGUACAGCGGGAAGCUCCGAGUGGUCCACGCGGAGGGAAUCAUCUGGCGGCAGAGACUGUCUCGAGACGGCCGCUACCUGGUCUACAUUUGUUUCCAGAACGGGGAAGAGGAAGACGACAACGGCGCGGUCUCCAGCUUAAUCGUCAUGAGACUGGCGGACGGUAAAAACAUCGGGGCUUGCUCCCUCUACAAGACCCCGACGUAUCUCGCUCUGUCGCAGAGGCACCUGAACAUCAUCGUUGGUUUUGACGACGGAAGCAUAGGGAUUUAUACCGUCGUGGACCGGGUCGACGCCGCCUUGAAAAUCAAAAUCGCCACUUCCAACAGCCGGCAGAUCUUCAACAGCGCCACGCAAGCGUCCAGGCCCAAAUCUAACAGCUACUGCUUCAAGGCAACCGCCGAUUGCAUCUGGAGAGAAUCCACCGAGGUGUUCGCCAGAGACAGCCCCAUCACCGUCACCGAUCCCUCGGAAGCGGCCGAAGCCACGCCCACCAAAAAACACAAUCCCUACGAGCGCGGGUGCUCGGCCCUGGAGAGCAGGGGCCACAGUUUUGCCGCGGACAACUAAUGACACCUUUAGGAAGGUUUACUACAGUUCAGGGCGCACCGUUAGAAGGCUGUCUUCUCUAGGGGAGGGAGAAGUGGCGCAUUUCUUAGGCAAAAUGGAACCAUGGCGACUGCUCAUUGUUUAUGUGUAAAAACUAUAGAGAUGGAAACAUAUUUGGGCUAUAGUUUUUUCUUGAGAUUAACCAUAAAAAUCCUCCUCCAAUGACUCCUCAUUAUGCGGAAGUGAGCCUGUACACUCAAAGGCAGAAUCCAAGUCUGACAGGGCGAGAGGCCUUCGAGAACGGAUCCUGCCAUCGAUCGCAUAGUUUGCCCAAGCACUACCCUAAGUUCAGAGAAACUCAUCCUGGGAGAUUUGAUUACCACGUGAUUUUUUUUCCAGUCACAGUAAUGCUUUAAAUUAUAGAUUAAAGAAUGGAAAGAGUGUGAUCCACUGUCAUGACGAGGACAUCCAUACAGAUAGAAUCAUAGCUCCUUGGAAGAAUGGAGUUAAUUCAAAUAGGAAAUCUCAACUGGGCAUUUCUAGCAAUACUUUUUACAUUGCUGCUCUAUCUAGAAGUUAGAAGAUAGUGAUUCUAACUCUGUAUCUGCCAGAAAUAUAACCUCUUCAGUUUAUUCAGAUACCGUAGGCAGGUCUAGACACACACACACACACACACA